GGGGGGUCCGACCGACCCCGAAUACGCAAGGCGCGCUUUCUCAUCCGCUACCCCUCAUUAUUGCUUGCUAAGCUCAAUAAUAGCCAGUUAGUUAAUGUUGGGGGUCCCGGGUUGAUCGGCCCUUCUACCAGCAGUGCGCUGGUGGUGAUUGAGCUCUUUUGCCCCAGUAGCCUACAGUUAAACUACUACUAUUAUAUGUCCAACAAAACUCCGUACUGUGUAAAUGCGAAGGAAGCUGCCGCUCUGUCUGCUUCACCGCCCAGGGUCGGAUCGAGGAAAUACGGUGCGCUUUUUUGGAGGGUUCAAGUCCGCAAGCCUAUUUAGCUGCAUGGUUUGGUUUUUUGUUUGCGCUUUCCACCACUUGAUAGGCGCGCCAUCGUGAACCCCCGUGAAAAAGAUACGAAUGCGCCCUGCAACCUGCAACGAGAGGUGAGUGAUAGUGAAGUUGGAUGAAAUAAGGAUAAAAAGGAUAUGCAGCCUAGCCUGUCUAACUCUGUGCACAAUCCAAACGCGCGAAAGUCAAAGAGUUGGGGCGCAUGUACUCUGUAGUUAUCUGUACGUACCGUUUUGAAACCUUCCUCGCCUAACUCGGCAGAAGCAUGAUGACUGGGAUAGAUAUGUAGCUUCCAUUUUGAUCCUCUCCAAUCUUCCAUUUCUUCUCUCAAAAAUAUCAUUUUUA